CAUCAUCUCUCAAUCUACAAAUUUAACCCAUUUUUAACAGUAUAAAUUGAAACCCUAAAAGGCCAAUGCGAUCAAACUCAUCAUCUACCAUCCAAAAAUUGCAGCCGCUGCCGCCAUUUUAGUCCUGUGUAAGAGCCAAGAUACCGGCAGGAAAACGCAGCACCAUCUCACGUAGUGGGCGCAAGGAUGCGAUUUCGCUGAUUGCUUCUGCGAUAGCCGCUCCUGCAAUAGUCAAUUCGACAGUGCUCCAUUUAGGUUGCAACGGUUCAGAUCUACCCUCCACACUACCUUUGUGGUGUGUUUUACAGCAUAAACUUUACUAUUUGUUGUAUUUCAAAAUUUGCCAUGUCAAAUGCCCCUAGAAGAGUUGGGCCAGAUUUCUUUGGCUAUUAUUCAUCUGAAGUAGUAAAUCUAUUGUCCCAAGAUGAGGAUGUUUUGCCUGUCACUACCCAAUUAUCUGAGCUACCACAGAACAACUGUGGCGGGGGAGUAAAGAACCUUGUUAAUCACAGUUAUGAUUUUUCUGGUCCAUUAUAUAGCAAUGUUGUUGGAGCUGGGCUAUCGGACUUUGAAAAGGACAGAUUAAAGUCACUGCUCAGACAGAGUGCUGUUACUCUUUCAUCAGAAGUUGACGAGGUGGUGGGCCCUGUUUUCACUAUGUACGACUUGCAAUCUGGGCUAAGAAGUAAAACACAUUCCUUGAGUCUUGCAACAAUGACAUCUGAUGAUGCACUGCAAAUUCCUUCUAAAAAGCAAAAGGUGUCCUCACCUUCUUCUUCAGCUAGGCCUGGUCCUCAUGCACAAAAUAGUGAUGUCAAUCCCCAAAGCAGUAUGAAGGUGAGGAGUGAUCUUCAGUUCCUGUUGGAGAAUGAUAGUGUGGAGGUUGAUAAGAUGGUGAUAAAAUAUUCCGAUGAACUCUCUGGAACACUAGGGUAUAUGGAACAAGAACUUGAGAUACUUCUUGAUGCAGUUAUGUCAAAGUGCAGGCCAAUGGCCCUUGUUGAGAAACAGCAGCUACAGAGAUUAAUUCAGAGGCUACCUGCAGAAAAUCUUGACCGUGUGGUGGAGAUAAUUUGUCGAAGUAGGCCAGCAGAAGAACAAAGUUGCGACAAAAUAUUUGUUGAUUUGGAAAAAGAGGAUAAUGCUACACUGUGGAGACUUUAUUACUAUGUUGAAGCUGUUGAGAAAGCCAAAAGUCUUUCUUGUAGUGAAGAGAGAUGCAGAUCCUAAAAUUGAUGACCAGUAUCUACACCGUUGGCAAAGAUUACGUUACUAUAGAAGUGUAAAUUUUGAGAAAUUAUUCACCAUGUAUAUCUCCUUACAUUUUAAAUCUUUGUAUGUUGACAGCAAAACUUGAGUUAUUUUUAUAGAAAGUUCAUAGUAAAAUGUAUAUUUUCUA